UAGGCGGACGCUCCGCAGGGCUGGGGAGAGCGAUGGAUGCGCUGGUGGCGCGUGUUGGAUGGCUUUUGGGCAUGGAGGGUAGGAGGGGAUCGACGGCGGCGCAACGGAUGUCAGGCGGAGGCGGCGGGAUCGCAGCUGUCUAUGGUUCGGCGGGGGAUGACCAGAUGGCGACGGCGCCGUUUCUCCGCGUGGCGGCGCAGGAGGAAGAGCAACGCGGGGAGCAGGGAGGAGGAGAAGAAGGGCAAGAAGCGCUAUCACGCGAACGAACAGAGGUUGGCCAUGAUGGGUAUCAUCCUCCUCCUCCUCCUCGUCCUCCUCCUCGUCAUCAUCAUCAUCAUCGGCAUUACCACGGGGCAGGAAGAGAUCUCAACAUCCGUGCGGAAGGAGGGAGCUAUAGUGGCCAUCAUGGCGAUCAUAGGGGGCAACUGGUGCGCUCCCUUGGGCCAUUCGAGUUGGUGUUGAUGGGGAUUGGCGCGUCCAUUGGCUCGGGCAUCUUCGUUGUCACAGGUGUCGCGGCGCAACAAGCGGGGCCGGGCGUCAUUCUGAGCUAUGCCAUUGCCGGAGCAGCGUGUAUUGUGGAUGCAUUGUGUUAUGCGGAGUGCGCCGCACGUUUUCCCGCAGUUUCUGGGGGUGCGUAUCUCUACACGCUCACGGCGUUCAACGGGCUUGCAGCGUUCGUCGUUUUCUGCAACUUGUUGUUUGACUACCACAUUGGAGCGGCAAGCAUCGCUCGGAGCCUUGCUGGCUAUGUCUCUUCGAUGCUGGUCCAUUUCUGGCCUGAUCUCGGGGAAUGGCUCCCAUUGUGCCUGACGGCUCACGGCAUGCCCUUAAUGAAUGGAGUUUUCUCAAUCAAUCUUUUUGCACCCUUGAUUCUCGCUGCCAUAACGUUAAUCCUAUGCCAGGGCGUCAAAGAAUUCUCUGCUGUGAAUGGGGCCAUGACAAUGCUCAAGGUAGCAAUUGUGGUUCUUGUCAUUUUGACAGGAUCUGCGAAGGUCGAUCCCAGUAAUUGGUUCCCUUUUGCUCCGAAUGGAAUUCCUGCGAUUUUAUCAGUGUCGACGACAGUCUUCUUCGCCUAUGUCGGAUUUGAUGCGGUUGCAAACACAGCUGAGGAGAGCAAGAAUCCGCAGCGUGAUCUGCCAAUCGGGAUUCUUGGGUCCAUGGGGGUGUGCAUGGCCCUAUACAUAGGAGUUUGCCUGGUCUUGACUGGGAUGGUCAGGUAUGAUCAGCUUGACAAGGCAGCACCAAUUGCAUCAGCCUUCGUUCAAAGAGGUGCUGGGUUUAUCACGGGUUUUAUCUACAUUGGUGCAAUCAUUGGCCUUACAACUACACUGCUUAUUGGCAUGUAUGCUCAGUCUAGACUAUACUUGGGCAUCGGCAGAGAUGGCCUUCUCCCGAAGUUCUUUGCCAUAUUAAGCAGGGAACGUAAAAUACCGGUGAUUGCUCAAAUCUGGGUUGGGGUCGUGUCAGGUGUCAUGGCACUGCUGUUCGACAUCGGCCGACUCUCACGCCUGCUUUCGGUUGGUGUUCUGCUGAGUUACGGGACAGUGUGCUGCUGUGUCGUGGUGAUGAGGAUAUGUGUUGAUGUUAAGCCGCACUUGAUGACGUCCUUAAGGGUUUGUCCUGAUAUGCAAACGUACAUCUCGAGCUGCGGUGGAGCUUCAAACAAGAACCAGGAAAAGUGGUGGGAGGCAGUUGCAUGUAUGACUGCCAUCGCAGUUUGCGCAUUUCUGACCGGUUUGUGCACACGAUACAGCGCUCCUUUGCCAGCGUACAUGGCAUGUGUGGUGGCCAUUGUGUUGUCUUCGGUUCCACUUAUCACUCGCCAGGCUUACUGUGUGCCGUCAACUUUUGCAUGCCCUAUGGUUCCCAUUCUCCCUUUGCUGGGAAUGUCAGUCAACGUGUACCUGCUUGCCCAGCUACAUGUUCAUGCGUGGGUGCGAUUGGUGACAGUUGUCCUGCUGGCUGUUGCGGUGUAUAUGUUCUACGGGCGGCACAGUGCUAAUCCUGGAAACAUUCCGGUUGGUUCUGGCACCGACGCAGACAUGUCAGCUCCCAUCGUCGAGCACCGAAGAGACAUUCCUGAUGACCAUCGCAUCGACCAGGUUCAAGCGGGAAUUACGCCCAGGUCCCCGUGAAUGGGAGUCCCAAGUGGGCAUUACGCCCAGGUCCCCCUGAAUGGGCGCAGGCUCCUUUGACCACAGGUCUGUGACGUCAUUGAAGUCCCAAGUGGGAAUUACGCCCAGGUCCCUGUGUAUGGGAGUGUCCUGACAUUGCUGUCAUCGGUUCACAUUUGUCCCAAAUCAUUGGUUCCACAAUGGUACCUCAUAUUUGGCCCCAUAUCAGUCUCACAUUGGUCCCAUGUCAGUCCUACAUCAAUUCCACAUCAGUCCUUCAUUGGUCCCACAUUGGUCUGACAUGAGCUCCAAACGAGUCCCACAUCAGUACCCAAUUGUUGUCAUUGGUCUCACAUCGGGUCCACACCUUGGUCCUACAUUGUCCCACAUUGGUCCUACAUUGUCCCACAUUGGUCGUACGUUGUCCCACAUUGGUUGUACAUUGCCCCACAUUGGUCCGACAUUGUUGUCCCACAUUGUCAUACAUUUGUUCCACAUUGGUCUGACAUUUUGUCCCACAUUGGUACCAGAUUCGUCCCCACCCACUUGCGUUUAUAUAUAUGCAGUAGCGGAUCCAGAAGGCGAGUGUGAGUAAAAGGAAAUAAGGUGA